AUGUCGCCCGAUGUCGGCUCAAGCAAAAGCCUGCCAAAUGCAACCCCCUGUCUUAGUUACUGGCAACGAACGACUCGGGGAUUUCCCUAUCUUUUCGAACAUCAUCUCAACCCCGUGCCCGAGACAUCCAAGUAUGUCAUUAUCGGUUCGGGAAUCUCCGGUGGCCUCACUGCAUUCUCACUACUGGAAGCCGGUGUGAAAGCAGAGGACCUCAUCAUUCUUGAGGCGCGCGAGGCAGCUAGCGGGGCGAGUUCUCGGAAUGCUGGCCAUGUUCGACCUGAUGCCUUUCGAGGUUUCAGCGCUUAUGCAAAAGUUCACGGUCCGGAACAGGCCCUCAAAAUCAUUGCCAAUGAGCGUCUUGUUUUGGAAAAGGUCGACGACUUUGUCAAGAAACACAAUGUGCAGUGCGAUUUCAAUCUAACAACAACAUUUGACGUCUGCAUGACCGAAGAAUUCGCAAAGUACGAGGCGGAGAGUCUCGCGGCGUAUGGACUUGCAGGAGGCGACAUUUCGCACAUCAAACUCUAUGAAGGAAAAGAGGCUCAGGAAAAGACGAGGAUCCCAGGGGCAGUAGCUGCUUACGAAUGGCCCGCUGGUUCCAGUCACCCAGCUAAGCUGGCACAAUUUCUGCUCCAAUCCGUGAUAGAACAGGGAGCAAAGCUAUUCACAAACUGUCAAGCCGAAGAAAUCAAACGAAACGGCGACAGGUGGGAUAUUCUUACAUCAAAGGGCGUUGUGACAGGAGAGAAAAUCAUCCACUGCACGAAUGCCCACGCUGCCCAGCUUUUGCCGCACUUGGAGCCUUAUUUCCGACCAAACCGUGCCCAGGCACACACUUUGGUUCCGACACCAGCCUUCGCAUCUAAAAAUGCCCUGCAAAGCACCUUCUCCCUGCGCUACAGCCUCCACCACUUCUACUCGCUGAUUCAACGACAAGGAGACGGAACCCUGGUUCUGGGAGUAUCGCGAUCUAAUCCGACUCUCAGUGUCGAGACAUUAGCCAGCCGGUUCAGUACCGAUGAUUCCAAAUUCAAUGAAGAAAUAGCGGAAGAUGCACUUCGCAGUUUUGAUACUCUCUUUCCCGACUUCCAUCUCAAGCAAGCUCGUCAUGGAGAGGGUCUGCAGGAUGCUUGGACGGGUAUUAUUGCCAUGACUACGGACUCUGUGCCUUUUGUUGGGGAUCUGGGCGAUGGGCAGUAUAUCUGUGCUGGGUUCAAUGGGCAUGGAAUGGCGAGGAUAUUUACUUGUGCGCCUGGUGUGGCUAAGCUUGUGCUUGGUGGGGAGUGGAGUGAGACUGGCCUGCCUGAAUGCUUUGAAUUUAACCAGGAGAGACUUGCGCGGUUGUCGAAUGGGGAGCUACCAUCAAUAUGGUAA